GUGGGUUGUUCCGGGGAGCUUGACACACUGGUCCAGAUGAUGAUGGUGAUGGAGAAGAUGCAGACAAGAUGGUGUUUGUUAAUUGAACCUCGUUCUACUGAAAUACAGAGUACAUCUCAAAUAUAACCAUACGGUUAGCCGCCGGUUUCUCUCAGACGGUAGCCGCUUGGAGUCUUGAGCAGGUAGGGACUGAGCAGCACACCGGGCCUCGGCCCUCCCCGUUCCCCCCGUGAUGGGAGACACCCGUGUCAUCUACCACCUGGACGGCCAGGAGACGCCCUACCUGGUCCGGCUCAGCGUACCCGCUGACCGCGUCACCCUCGGGGACUUCCGGAGCGCCAUCAACAAGCCGAACUAUAAGUUCUUCUUUAAGUCUGUGGACGUGGAUUUCGGGGUGGUCAAAGAGGAGAUUACCGAUGACAACGCUAAACUGCCAUGUUAUAAUGGCCGAGUUAUAUCCUGGCUGGUUGCAGGUGAUGGUGUUGAGCCGGAAGAUCUGACUUCUGAAGCCCCGCCCACUCCCCCUCUGGCCCCGCCUCCCCUGGAGAGAACAGGCGGCCUUGGAGAUUCCAGACCCCCCUCUUUCCAUGCUUCUGCCGGGAACCAUGAGGCGGGUGAACGGGGCGAGAGACCAUCAGGGAGAGAGGAUCUCGAGAGAGAGGGAAAGAGAGAGAGGCGGUUGGAGAGGGAGAAGGAUCAGCAGAGAGAUGGGAAGAGAGAGAGGCUGCGACCGAGAGAUGGACGCCACCUCCACCCUCAGCUCCCCGAGGGGGCGGAGCCUGGUGACGGUGACAGCUCUUCAAGCCUGCUCAGCAGCCAAUUAGAGACCACCAGCUUCUCUGGGGAAGAGGACUCUGGAGAUAGCAGGUUGAGCCAAUCGACAGAGCAGAGUGACUCCCACCGCGUCAGGCGCCACCGCCGGCGCCGUCGAAUGGAAGAAAAACCCCACAUGGAGCGGUCUGAAUCGCAAAGCAGUGUGACUGGGUCUUCCCUGUCUCUCAACAUCCUGUCUGUCACCCUGAACACCGAGCGCUACGCCUUCCUGGGCGUGAGCCUCGUGGGCCAGAGCAGCGCGCGGGGCGACGGGGGCGUCUACAUCGGCUCCAUCAUGAAGGGCGGGGCGGUGGCCGCCGACGGACGCAUCGAGCCCGGAGACAUGCUGCUGCAGGUGAAUGACAUCACCUUUGAGAACAUGACUAACGACGAGGCCGUCAGGGUGCUGAGAGACGUCGUCCACAAACCGGGGCCCAUCACACUGACGGUUGUGAAGUGCUGGGAUCCACAGCCGGAGAACUGCUUCACACUCGCCAGGAGUGAACCAGUGAGACCCAUCGACCCGGCAGCCUGGGUGUCACACACGGCCGCCAUGACCGGACUCCUACCCCCCCACUACGGUCAGGAGGAGGACCAUCGUCUGACCAUCCACAGUGACAUGGCGAUUGUUGCCAAGGCGAUGGCCAAUCCCCAGUCAGGGCUCGAAGUACGGGACAGGAUGUGGCUGAAGAUCACUAUACCAAACGCCUUCAUAGGCUCUGAGGUGGUGGACUGGCUCCAGCGGAGGGUGGAGGGCUUCUCCGACCGCAGGGAGGCACGGCGCUACGCCGCUAACCUGCUAGCCUCGGGACACAUCAGACCCACCGUCAGCAAGAUCAGCUUCUCAGAGCAGUGUUACUACGCCUUCAACAAGACCGCCACAGGAGACAUGGGGCUGUCUCCAGAUGGCUGUGCUCCUCUCCAUCAGCGGGGGUCCCUCCCUGGCCAGUACCCCGUUCCUCACCCCUACGGUUCCCCCCCUCCCCCCCUGCACUCCCCCUGGGGACCCCCACGGAGCCACAAGAGUGGAGGAAGUCCUAGCAGUGGCUCUGAGCGCAGGCAGAGACAGGAACUCGCCCCUUCCCCCCUCCUUAGCAGACAGGAAGCGGGGGACCCCCCCGCUGAGGACGGCACCCCCCAGCCUCCCUCCAGCCCCCCCUCCUCCCUUCCUGGCCGGGGUCACGACCUCUCGUCCGAGCUGCCCGCCUCGCGCCAGUCCUUCCGCCUCGCCAUCGCUAACCCCAGCGACCUCCUGCUGGACGUCAUGUGACUUCCCCCCUGAAGUCAUGUGACCUCCCACUGUAAGUCAUGUGGCCUUCUGCUGGACGUCGUGCGACCUCCUUAUGAUGUCAUGCGACUUCCUGAUGACAUCAUUUGACCUCCUGCGAUGCCCCCUGACGACGUAAUGUGACCUUGACGACCUCAUGAAGCACAGCUGUAUGUAGCUGCAUUCUAAUCAAGACUAAACUCAAAUAAAUAUUAUUAUUAAUAUCUUCUUGAUAUUUAUAAUAUUAUUAAUGACAAUAUUUAUAUUUAUAAAAUUAUUAAUAACAAUAUUAUUAUGUAUAAUAUUAUUAUUAACUAUAUUUUUAUAUAUGAUAUUGUUAUUAUCAUUAUUAUGAAUAACAAUCUUCUUAUACAUGUCGUUAUUUAAACGAGAAGGGACUCCCUGAUCACCCUGUGGCCGGGGGUCCUGGCUCUGCCACCAUGCCCCCUGCAGGACCCGCUCAAGGACGGGCUGGCGGGGUUGAGGGGACCUAUUCCAGUAGUUGUCGUGUCUCACGUAGUUUUCCACUCUAGAUUAAUUCACACUGAAGAUGAAAUACUGUUGGAACGAACAAUACCGAUGCUUGUACUGUACAAAUGUAACACAACUAUAUGAAGGAGCUUUAUUUCACCCUCCUAACUAAAUGGCCACGCAAACACACACACUGCGGGGUAAUGGUGAUGUUUCCUCCAAGGAUAUUGGUUUAUUUACAUGUAUUGUUAUUUAUUGUGACAUCAAUGGAUUCUCAUUCAUGUGAAUAUUACUCAUUUUAUUUAUUGACAUAUUGUCGAAAGACCUUUAUGUUUGUGUGUUUAUUUUUUAAAAUGUAAUUAAAGCUUGUUUUUGGAGUCAUGAAA